CUCUAGAGAAGGUGAAUCACACUAAGAAUCGAUAUCUACUUUUGCUUACAAUUAAUUCUAAAUUUUACAGAGUUUUCAACUACAUAAAAAGAUGUCUUUGAUUCCAAGUUUCUUUGGUGGCAGAAAGAGCAACGUAUACGAUCCAUUCUCUCUCGACGUUUGGGAUCCCUUCAAGGAUUUUUCAUUUCCAAGUUCUGCAAUUUCUGCUUCAUUCCCUCGUGAGAAUUCUGCUUUUGUGAGCACACGAGUUGACUGGAAGGAGACCCCAGAAGCACAUGUGUUCAAGGCUGAUCUUCCUGGACUGAAGAAGGAGGAAGUGAAAGUUGAGAUUGAAGAUGAUAGGGUUCUACAGAUAAGCGGAAAGAGAAAUAUUGAGAAAGAAGAUAAGAACGACCAAUGGCAUCGCGUUGAACGCAGUAGUGGAAAGUUCAUGAGGAGAUUCAGAUUGCCUGAGAAUGCCAAAAUGGAUCAAGUGAGAGCUUCAAUGGAAAAUGGUGUUCUCACUGUCACUGUUCCAAAAGAAGAAGUUAAGAAACCUGAUGUUAAGUCCAUUGAGAUCUCUGGCUGAAGUCACACACAACAAGCUCGAUUAAUGUGUUGCUUGAAAUUCGUGUGCUUGUCUUGUCUUGGUUGUAAUGGUUACGUUUUUAUGAUUUGCGUGUAAGGGAAAUAUGAUGAUGUAAUGUUAAUGUAUAAAUAAAUAACUAAUUAGUUUUUA